AUGUACAAAAGUCUCUACUCGUAUAUUGUGAAGUCGCAUGGGUUGUCCGUUGUGCGUAAGACCAGUUUGUUGAGCGAUGCGGUCGGAGGAAGUGCCAAUUUUUCUUCGGCAGUGCUGUUGGACGUUAAGAAGGUUAAGAGUCGAAGGAAAUGCAAGAAGGAACACACGUUUAAGAACAGAGACAACUUGGAGCAUUACUUAAACUCGUCCAGGCAGUGUUACCACAUCCUAAACAAGAACAGCCAUCACAAGGUACUCCCGGAACACGUCACCAACUAUGAUCAAGUGAUAAGAAACAUCCAUAGACAGCCGAUCAAAAACAAACGGUUUGUUCUAAGAUCGACGAAAGCUAACCCGCGACCUAACAAAAGAUGCGCUUGUUUAGACGAUACCGAUACCAGAAAAAAAGCGACGUACCCUACUAAAAACUUGCGCGUGGCAGUUCCCGUGAUGAAAUACUCCCAACUGUCCACCAAAGGUUCGGACGACGGUACCGCAGUCUAUAAAUUUCGUAUACCCCUGAAACGAAAGAAGCUGAAGAUCGACGAUCUUUUCGAGAAAGUGAAGCAUCUAUCCGGGAACGACAUGUUGGAUCAGAAAUCUGAUUCCGUCGCUAAGUCUUGCGACGUGCUGGCUAAGCAGUUGAGUGAACACGAAGAACGCGAAUUAAGUGAUAGAAGUUCCAGUAAAUUGAGCGUUUGUCCCAAACCUAGGCAGCUGAUUUAUAGGCUCGACAACUAUUUCAUAAAGGAUAUCAACUCUGAAGUUCCAACAUCAUACGAUCUGGUGUACUCGCACCUCAACGACAUAUUGUACAGCAAGUACACUCCCGCCCCCUUGGAGGAGUCGAAAUCGGGGAAACCCUUUUUCCAAAAGCUCAUCAAAAAAAAGGAAGUCAAAAAGAUGCAGAAGGCGGAAGGGAACGUUUUGAAGCAGGGUUCGAGAGAAAACAGCAUCCUCACGAGCAACCAGGAUCUUUUCGACAAACUGAAGAGGUCCACGAUGCGUUUAACUCCCGAGAGCCCGAAAGAUUACGAGUGUUCGAAAUCUGUAAGACGAGUCAAGUCGAAACGGUAUGAGUUGAGGAACAAGCUGGAGUCAACGAAGGAAAUCAGGGAUCGCGAUGAACGCAGAAGCGAGGUGGAAAGCGUGCGCAGACUCGAGCUGCUGAUGAAGCAAGAACGCAAGAAGAAACAGAAAAUCGACAGCCUCAAGCAAAAGUUGAGCAUGCUGAACAACGAGGCGCAGAAGAAAGAAAUGACCGGGAAGAGGAAAUUCCCCAAGAGGGAGGAAAAAAGUAACGUUGAAGAUAUAAAAUCUGCACCCAAAGAGUUGAAAGUGUUCAGAGUGCCGAACGUCAAACGACAUAAGAGGAAAAACGCGGUGGAAAUAACCCAAGACAUGCUCGACGGUUUGGAGGGAAAUUUGAACAGCAAGUAUUACAUCGUGAACCGGAACAAGCCGUUCAGUUACCUGGAGCCCGAUCCGAACUUCGAGCUGUACUCGAAAAAGUACAGGGGCGCGAGAAAAGAACUGAGAAAGAACUCGCUUGAUUUGAUUAGCAAGGAAGGGCUGGCCCCCCAAGAGGGUUUCAAGUACUGCGACAAGGAAAGCAUUGAAAGUAUGAAUCUUGCGGAGGAUGUGGCGGAAGUUGGGCCGAAAUCAAACCAUGCGCUGCAAAUGGAGGAGAAAAGCAUUUCCUCGUCGACCAGGGGCAAGCAGGAUCGCCUGCUGGCCAGUCUGAAGGCCCUGAACAAAAGCCACCACCCGCAGAUGUCGAGCUCGUCGAAUAGCAAAGACGUGGACUUGCUCGGCAGCAAGAUCGCGGAAGGCGAGCCGGCCAAGGCCGCCUCGGUCACGAAGAUCGAGAUCAGGCUGACGAGGCCGCACGAUGCGAAAGAUACGGAGGAGUUUGUCUGCGUGGCGAGGCGAAAGAGCGAGGCGGUCGAGGCGAUGCCGGCCAAUCAGAUCCCGAUCAUCAGGGACGAGGGCCCGAAGAAGAGGGACGAGAAGGAUAAAAAAGAGAAGGAGAAGGACAAGAAGGUGGGGAAGAACGAUAUCCGGUUGCCGCCCGCCACCAACAGUCCCGCCUUGAAGUUGGAGGGCCGGAAGUUGACGAGGUGUUCGGACUUCAAUCAAGUUGGACGCCGGCAAUCCCCGCGUGAAGCUGUCACAAUUAUGCCCAACAGCCAGACAACUCGGGCUCCGGCUUUGGCUCCGAAAAAAGAAAGCCACGCGAGCGCCUGUAAGUCGGAUAUGGUCGCUAAGGAAAAUGAGGACGCCGAUUUGCCUCAAUACGUGCAGCAAACUCGCGCGGAGCGUCUAGAGUUCGAACAAGAGGCUGAAAAGAUGAGACUCGAGAGGUCGAGAGUCGAGCAUUUGAAAGAAUUAUGGUCAGAGAGACUUGGCCUUUCUCACAAUUCCAGAGACGGAUUGCAAAAAGGUCGAAAUCAAAACACCACCCCGAUGUCUCUGAAGGAAAUCGAAGACAGAUUCAGGCAGUACGAUGCCUAUGUUAACGAUAUCGUGAAGGAAAACGAAAGUGCCGAAGAAACGCACAGUGUGUUUUCCGAUUGCGAAAAGGCUGAUAAAAGACUUUCCCAAUCGAGUCAGGAUAAUAACACGAUGAAUACGAUUGAAGAAAGUCGCGAGAACUUAAGUUCAAACCGCAAAGAGGUGGGUGGGUUGUGCCAGUUUCAUGCUGCAGAAGAGCAAAAGUCUGUCUUCGCAACUCCAGUGGCGGAGACAUUUUUGUGUCCGUAUCACAAAGCGGAAACUACGCAGUCGCAAAAUCAAGAUUACGCCAAAAAGCACGUCUACUGUUUGUUUCAUCAGGAGAACAUGUCGGAACACGGCGGUUUGUGCGAGUUCCACGUUAGAGAGUUGGAAAACUCCGCGAAGGAACAAAGUAAAGAAAACCUUGAGCAUAAAGACCUGCAACUAACUACCACAGCACCAAAAGUCUUGAACGAAGAACAAAUACUUCAGGAAUGCGCAAAGAGUGUUAAAGAAAUCGAUGAGGUCCAGAGAGUAAAGGAAAAUUUAACGGAAGAGGUGAGUUUCGCUGAAGCCGAGGCCAGGACGAAAGACGUCGAAGAAACCACCGAUAAACUCAAAGGAAUUCUAGGUGGCAUUCAACCUAAAAACCAAAACCGCGAACCAAACUUCAUCCCGGAAGCAUCCCUCCCUCAAAAAAAGACUAGCCUCUCCGCCUUUAACGUUGUUCUGGAGUCAAAGGACUUGAACAAAAAACUCGAAGUGCCUCUGGUGAGAGUCAACGUGUACGACAAGGAGGCCGAGGCGUAUCUCAACAACAUUUUGAAGAUCGAGGCCAACGUCGACUUUAAAGAUGCGGAUCAUUUGGACAACGUGCUGACAGUUUUCGAGAACAACGAGAUCACGGUUCAUCCGACCCUCAAAAGCGGCAAAAACGAUCUUUUGAGGAGGCGGCUCAGUAUGCCGGACAUGCAGAUUAAAAUUUACCAGGACGUCGACACGGCUGUCGCCAAUACGGGCAGCAACACGACCAUAGAGUUCAAAAAAGCGCACAAAACCGAUUCCCUUAUGGAACUGCAAAUCGUAGACGAAAGUUUGCAAAAGUACGUGAACAACGUCAAGUUGGUGCAGGCGAGGAUUCUGCUCAAGGAUGUCAAAAAAAGUGGUUGCACGCCCAUGACCAGCGAUACAAUUUUGUCCGGGUUCGAUUUUUCCAUCAACAAAGGUAAAAAAUUCUCGACGUCUGCGAAAUCGCUCACUCUGAUCAAAAAGAAAUUUUUCAUCGCCGACCGCAAAAAGUUUUGCACCAAAAGCGGCGACUCCCAAAAUCCCGACUCUAAAUCUACAACCUCGAAAAAUAACAAAGAUAAUGAGGAAGCCAAGGAAGCGGCAAGCGAAUCUCCGAUGACCUUGAAGCAGGUCAUCAAAAGGAUCGAGGAGAAUUUGAGUUGCGCCGCCAAAGAGGUGAUCCACGAGAAGUUCCAGAAGAUAAACAGCAACUCCAUGAAGAAAGUCCUCCACGAUCCUUUGAUGAAGAUAUCGCCUCCUGUCGUGAAAGCUGGACAUUCCGUGAAUCACAUGAUUGAAGAAAAGGACUGCAAAAACAUUCGCAACAAGGAUAUGGAAAUGGUGGACAAGAUCGUGAAGGAAACUAAGGAGUACAUGCAGAAUCACUUGAAGCAAAAGUCGAGUAAAGGCAACAAAAAAAAUUUAAUCGAUAAUUUGGAAAUUUACGUCAAAACCAAAGACGCGGACCUGGAAGAAAGUUUUGACGUAAAACGUCCAAACAGUGGUGUCGAUGUUAGUGCGAACAAAAAUCAAGUCGUUAUUAUGACGGUCCCGAUAAAUUUACCCCCGUCUCCCCCCCUUCAAAAUUCCGAAAACGAAUUCACCGAAAUUGCUUCUGCAUCUGAAGUUUUGUGUGAUAAAGUGAACCAAGACGAGUACAAGCCUCACAAAGAUUUAAAGUUGAGCAAUACUGAAGAAUCGAAAACUCUCAACUUCGAUGAAGUUGAUGCCGAAAUUUUGAGUGAAGAGGUUCAACAACAUGAUAAAGAUUCAUUAAAAAUUGAGAAUCAUGUUAAAUGUCAGGAAAAUGCAACGUCAGAACAAAACGCUAUUUUAAACGAGUCCAACAAAGAUAUUGUAGAGAACGAAGUUAAUAGUGCAAAAUCUUUCGAUAUGCUCCAUUUUGAACAAUUAAACAAAAACUCGGAAAAAGAAACCAAAACCAUGCCGGAAACUUCCGAUAUACCGGAAGAAACAAAAAAACCAUCCAAAAUACCUAUACCCAUUAAGGUGUAUAGAAAAUCUGCCGCGAGCACUAAUGAAUACGCCAAAUACAACUACAACCAAGACGAUUUCACGGAAAUUUUGAGGUUAAACCAAAAAGAAGAAGAAGAAGCUUUAAAACUAUCGAAAAGAUAUACGAGAAAGUAUUUGACAGAAAAGAAAGAACAUUUGAAAAAUACGCAAGAUAGAUUGCAAAAGGUUAUGAAAGAAAUGUCGGAAAGAGAAGCAAUAAAAGUACAGGGUAUUGAAGAAAAAAUUGACAUUUUGGAAAAUCCGACUUACAGCGACGAUAUUUCAACGUUAGAAGCACAAGCAUGUCAGGAAUGCGGUAAAAUAACCGAAAACGCGUCAAUAGGAUCUGUGAGCCUUUUCAUUGACCCCAAAGAUCAUUUGCAUAUAGAUAAAGUAAACCUGUUGAAAAAAGUGGAGAAAAAGAUGGCAAAUCAGUUCCGUCAUCAGGCGCGUCUGAUGGAAGCGUACAAGGAUCUGUGUGGGAGGCAGCAAGAGUUGUGGCGGGCCUUAAUGCAAAAAGGCCCGGUGAGAAAGUCGCUCUAUUGCUCGGUGAUCCGGCAACACAGCGAGAUGCUCCACCUCACGGAGAAAAUAAGGCAGCAGAUGUUCCUGACCUUGGUCUCGUUGACCGGAACGCGUUAA